AUGAGUCUGAAACAAGCCCAAACAGUGGCCAGUUCGAUGAUGAGAGCCGUUGGAGAGGCGAUGGCGGUGAAAGAACAGGUCACCACAACAAGUUUCGUUUCACUCUUUGUUGGAGCUCUGAUCGCUAAAUAUGGAGCUUGGUAUAUGGACAGGAAUGAUAUGUGGAAGAAAUCGGAUGAUGACGACGACGAUGAUGACGAUGAU